CGACUAUCUAUGUAUCUGUUGUGAAUCCCAAUAUACGAUUAUCUAUUAUUUUUCAAUUUUCACUGUCAGUUAACUUCAAGUUGCAGUUCAGAAUUUAUUGCACUUGAUAUAGUCAUUUCUUGAGCUGUGACUUGAGCUCGCUUGUUUCUUGCGAAGCCAACUAGAACAUGAAAACUAUUUGCCUAGCACUCCAACCUGCGUAUAGAAGUUCUGGGUUCCUUAGGUUGCAGUUUCCUGUUUACUUAAUGGAUUAGUCUUCGUUUUUAUUGGUCAAUGGUAAUCCCUUCUCGUAAUUAAGCUGUGAACUUAAAGCUCUUAAUUUUCAACCAUUUGCAGUACAAAAGUACCUCUCACCAUUUGAUUUCAGUCAUUAUUUUAGCUUAGGCUGCCAUGAGAAUUUCCUUGACCUUGCUGGGAAUUUUGGUGGCUCUGCUCAAACUUCAAUGGGCGACGUCUCAUGGGGUCCAACCACUUUCAACGAUUGACAUCAGUAGUGCUGUAAUUGCUCUUGAUGAUGGAGCUUAUAUCAGAGCCACUCCAUUAAUUCUUGGUUUGAAUGGGCAGAACAAAGAAUGGAUUACUCUCGAGUAUGGCAUUAACAAUCCGUCAAUUGAUGAUUGGAUUGGAGUCUUUUCUCCUGCCAAUUUCAGUGCUUCUAUUUGCCUCCCUGACAAUCCUAGAACUUUUCCACCUGUAUUAUGUACAGCACCAAUAAAGUUUCAGUAUGCCAAUUACACAAAUCCCAAGUACAAGAAAACAGGAGAAGGAUCAUUGAAGCUUCAGUUGAUCAACCAGAGAUCCGACUUCUCUUUUGCUCUAUUUUCUGGUGGAUUAUUAAAACCAAAGCUAGUUGCCAUCUCAAAUACAAUCACCUUUGCAAAUCCAAAUGCUCCUGUCUACCCACGCUUAGCACAGGGAAAGCAAUGGAAUGAAAUGACUGUGACAUGGACAAGUGGUUAUGGACUUGAUGAAGCAGAACCUUUCGUAGAAUGGGGUCUGCAAGGUGAAGAACAGAGAAGUUCUCUAGCAGUUUCGUUGACUUUUGACCAUAACACCAUGUGUGGUGCUCCUGCCAGAACUGUUGGUUGGCGUGACCCUGGAUUCAUUCAUACUAGUUUUCUGAAGGAGUUGUGGCCCAAUUUAGUCUACACCUACAAGCUGGGGCAUAGAAUGUUCAAUGGCACAUAUAUCUGGAGUCAGAUGUACCAAUUUAGAGCAUCACCUUAUCCUGGGCAAAGUUCUCUCCAACGUGUUGUCAUCUUUGGUGAUAUGGGAAAGGAUGAAGCUGAUGGCUCUAAUGAGUACAACGAUUUUCAACCAGGAUCUCUUAACACGACAAAGCAGCUUAUUGAAGACUUGAUGAACAUUGAUAUAGUCUUCCACAUUGGAGAUAUAUGUUAUGCCAAUGGGUAUCUCUCCCAGUGGGAUCAAUUUACUUCUCAGAUUGAGCCAAUUGCUUCAAGAGUACCUUACAUGAUUGCAAGUGGAAAUCACGAGCGCGACUGGCCUGGAUCAGGUUCAUUCUAUGAUACCAUAGAUUCAGGAGGAGAAUGUGGUGUCUUGGCUCAGAACAUGUUUUAUUUUCCGGCUGAAAAUAGAGCCAAGGUCUGGUAUUCUACCGACUAUGGCAUGUUCAGGUUUUGCAUAGCGGACACAGAACACGAUUGGAGAAAGGGAUCAGAGCAAUAUAAAUUCAUUGAGCACUGCCUUUCCACUGUAGAUAGACAGAAGCAGCCGUGGCUAGUUUUCCUGGCGCAUCGAGUUCUAGGCUAUUCUUCAUGUGCUUGGUAUGCUAAUGAAGGAUCAUUUGCAGAACCAAUGGGAAGGGAGAGCCUUGAAAAACUUUGGCAGAAGUAUAAAGUUGAUAUUGCCAUCUUUGGUCAUGUUCAUAAUUAUGAAAGGACGUGUCCUGUUUACGAGAAUGUUUGCACAAACAAGGAGAGGCACUCAUACAAGGGUGCCUUGAACGGGACAAUUCAUGUGGUUGCGGGAGGAGCAGGAGCCAGCGUUACUGAUUCUGAAUUUUCUGGCAUCCAGACUGCAUGGAGUAUUUUCAAGGACUUUGAUCAUGGAUUUGUAAAAUUGACUGCAUUUGAUCACUCAAAUCUGUUGUUUGAGUACAAAAAAAGCAGAGAUGGCAAAGUUUAUGAUUCCUUCAAGAUCUCCCGCGAUUACAGAGACAUCUUGGCGUGCACGGUGGACAGCUGCCCGAGUACAACCCUGGCCACUAGGUCUCUGUAGAUGGAAGUCGAAAGCAGGUUGAAUUUGUUUAUCAUAAACAUUCCUAGAUUGGGGAAUUCUUGUAGGAAUUUCAAUCCUGCGUUGUAAUGCGUAUGGAAGCAGUUACUGAUAAUGUAUCAAAACAGCCAUACUUACUGAGUUA